AUGGGCCUGGACUGGUCCCAUUCUAUCCUGCUUCGACACUUGAAGACGAUCCCCUGGCAGCGCCCAAAAACUCUAAGCGAUAUGCCCUACGAUGUGGUCCUUGUGAUAUCGAAUUAUCUUUCUGUUCGGGACCUGUGCAAUUUGCGAGAGACUUCGAAACAACUUUCCAGUCUUGUGCAAGAUAGAUCAAUCUGGCUGCUGGCCUUACGCGACAUCUUGGAAGUUCGGCCGAUUCCUCGACUCAGUUUUAGUCUAGACGAAAUGGACCUGGAUGAGGUUAUGACAGCAACCUUGCGACUGACUACCUUAGACCGCAAAAUCAGAGGAGUGGACCCAAUCACAACCUUCAGGAUUGCUCGGUCCUUCGAUGAAGAUCUCCUUUUUCCCGUUCCUCUCCCAGGUGGCCGUUAUUUCGUUAUUUUGCAAGACUCGGAACGCAAAUUGGUGGUGCACGACUGGGACGCGGAUACCCUGAGGGAGGGGCGACCCCUCGUGCCGCCCUCCGCGCACCCUAUAUACUUAUGGCGCGCGAUUCCCGUCAGUUCCACUGCCAUCAACAUCGCCGUCGCAUCUUUGGAAGACUCCAAAGACCAUGUUCAGUCAUUACAGCGCACGCAUAUCUCGAUCUAUCACUGCAACGCCGACAGUGGAACCUCUGAGCUGAUAGAUUACUUUUCCGUGGAUACGAAGAUAUGGACCCUUUUUAUUGACACAACUCACCUCGCGAUCCUGUGGAAUCACUGCGACCAUGGCCAAUUUGCAUAUAUACGGACGUACGAACAAGGGACUCAUACACCUAUCAUGAGUCUUAAGGAUCCUAAAUGCCCUCAACGAGGUACUAUUACUAUAAUAUCGCAAGGCUACUUCAUUACAGCGGCAGGCGGCGGUGUCUAUACUCGGCUCUUCACCAUGCCUGCUAUGCAUCCGAUCAACGGUACCCAUAUCGCUGAUUCGCCCGUGUACCAUCCAUGCAUUUGGUCCGCUGCCCAGGGAGGCGAUUAUCUACUCAAUCCUCGAAUAACCCCACUCUUACUUGGACAUUCUCUUUCAAGUAAAACACCUCCGCCCAAAUUCGCAGUAUGGGCAGGACGACACGUCACGAUAUACUCUCUGUUGGAUGGUGCUGAUGUCAGAUAUGACGCCAACUCGCAACAUAUGUGUCCUGAUCUGCCGUACUAUAUAGGAGAAGAUGAAAGAAGUUUCAUGGGUGAAAUUUCGGGGGUCCAUGCCCUUUCGGAUAGAUCGCUCAGAUUGUUCGCCCUUCCUGUAACCCAUACAACAAGCUUCGGGUUAAUGCGCCUCGGCUCGGCUCCGUCUGCAGAUGCAGAUGGCUUUCAAGUGACGAAAUUAAAUUGUCCCGAUAUGCGGGAGCACGAGAUAAUCUUUGAAAUGUCUUUCGAUGAAGAGUCUGGCCGCCUUUUCAUGAUCUACGAGGAUGAGAAGAAUCUCAAGUCCAGGAUUGUAUUGGCCCACUUGUAG